AUGGCUUCCGAUACCUCCUUCCCGCGCUCUGAUAGCGACCGACAAAGCAGCCCAGAGCUCGGAACCUCCAACUUCAAGACCCAAUACUCCAAGAAGACCGGCCGACCCAUACGCCGCAGUGCGGGCAAAGCGAAACCAACGGCGGGCUAUGUUGACUCCAAGGUUAUCGAAGACGAGUACGAAGAGCCCAUUGAGACGCCCUCAGAAGAUGAGGAUGGACAGAUCAAGCACCAGCAGAAGCGGAAGCGCAAGCGAUCGCCGUCUCCUGAACCCCCGCCUCUCGACGACGUGAUUCGCAACGAGGCUCCCGACGAGCGAUCUGAAGACGAGGAUCCGUUUCAGAAGAAGUCAAAGUUACCACCCAUUCAGCUUCAAUUCAAUGUCCCUCUUGGGUUCCACGGCCCGCUGGUGGUGAAGCUGGACCGGAGUAUGCUGCUGCAAGAUAUGGCGUACGACAUGCGACCCGGACGCGCAACGAGGAAGAUUCUCGCUGAGCCUGCGCCGGAACCCUCAGAUGGCCAGAAAAAGCCCCUUGGCUUCGCCGAUCUCCCCGCAGAGCUGCGGAAUAAAAUCUAUCGGCAUCUCUUCGUCACGGAUACGGCCGUAUACUUCCCAGAUGCCGACAAAAUGAGUCGAUCAAGCCAGUUCCUAAGCACGUGCAAGCUCGUGCACAACGAGGGGUGCAGUAUCCUCUAUGGGGAGAACAGGUUCAAGUUUGAGCGCAACUCCAAAACUCGCGGCCCGUUCUGGGAGCCUGUUCCUAAGGAGAUCGGCUACAAAGACAUCCGCCAAUUCCUCAAGAUGAUUGGCCCAGAGAACUUGCUCUACUUGCGAGACAUCAGUCUGUUUCUUAGCGAUGCCAUACCCAGUGCAACCCCGCAUCUCGACCACGAGGCACGCCGAUAUAUUCGCGAUGAGCAUCUGCUGGACGUGAUUCGAACCCUUCGUCAGACCAAACUACGCAAAAUCAACAUACUCUUCGCAGGACGUCGCACUUUGGCUCGCACGGACACCAGGUUCGUGGAUUACUUGAUGCAGGUCAAGGCGGACGUGAUUGUCAACGACUCGGGCAGUGGCUGGUUCUCUCAUUACCGCAAGAUCGAGACCUAUGUCUGGAAAGAACUGAAAGAGGGCAUGACACGGAAGAACAAGCUCUAUCUCCCGGAAAAGUAG